AUGGAUUCCUCUAAGGCCCCCGUCAAGCUCGUCAAGGUCACCCGCGUCCUCGGCCGUACCGGCUCUCGCGGUGGUGUUACCCAGGUCCGCGUCGAGUUCAUGGACGACCAGACCCGCUCCAUCAUCCGUAACGUCAAGGGCCCUGUCCGUGAGGACGACAUCCUUGUCCUUCUCGAGUCCGAGCGUGAGGCCCGCCGUCUCCGUUAA